AUGCCGUUGGAUGAUUACGCCUUAACUGUCGGUGGCGGCCUCAAGCUCAAGGGCGCCAAGGUCGGCAAGCCCAAGAAGAAGAAGAGAAGGGAAAAGAGCGACCUCGAGAAAAACCUCGAAACGGGUAACGAAGACGGCGGCGCCGGCUCUACUAGUGGCGCUUUGGUGAAGCGCCGCGAUGAGGCUGGGGAUGAAGACGACGACAGGAAAAAGAAGUCGAGAAAGAGACGCGGGAGCGAGGACCCCCCGGUGACCGAGGCAGAAGAGGAUCGAGACGACGAUAGCCGGGUGGUGCACAAGACGGAGGCGGAGCGCCGGUACGAGGAGAGGAAGCGAAAGAGGCUCCUUGAACUCGCCGAGUCGUCUAGCUCCCGACCCGAACUUCUCAAGACGCACAAGGAGCGGGUCGAAGAACUCAAUACCUAUCUGUCCAAGCUGAGCGAGCAUCACGACAUGCCCAAGAUAGGACCCGGCUAA